UCUAACAAUUAUCCAUUGUCCCCACCCACAAAAACUGACUCCAAUUUCCUUCCAGUUUCCUUCUCUCUCUCACUGUCCCCAUUUGUGGAAAAAUCAGUCUAAUGAGUUAGGGCUAUCGAUUUACCCUCCAAACUCGAUUAAUUUACACCCACAACCUACUUUCCUCCUCCUCGAUUCAGAUCUCCUAACAACCUAAACAUUGGACAGCCAAACCCCAUUAAGCUAAUCAAGUCUACUCUAUUUGGGAAUUUUGGCAGUUUCUUUGUACUGGUUUGGAGUAUACGCAAUUUGGGGGAACCCAUUUGGAUUUUUGGGGAAAUAUUCAUUUUAGGUAUGCCCGCGUGGGAAUUUUGGUGAAUUGAAGGUGAAGGAGUGUCAAGAUUGUGGUUUUUGUGGGGUAUUUUGUGGAGGUGGAAUGGCUGAGCUGGCAUUAACUCAAAGAAUGCCAAAUUCGGAUAUGGGGUUGAGGGAUGAGAGUUUAGUCAUUGGGCAAGAUUUUUCGGGUGUUGAUGCUUGUAGGAGGGAUAUGGUUGAGCAGGAUUUAACGUCAACUGCUACAAAUUUGGAUGUUGGAUUGCCAGACCAGCCUUUAGUUAUUGGACAAGAGUUCCCAGAUGUCGAUAGUUGUAGGAGGACUUUGAAGGACAUAGCUAUAGCAAUGCAUUUUGAAAUUCGGAUUGUUAAGUCAGAUAGGAGUAGGUUCAUAGCUAAGUGCUCCAAAGAGGGGUGUCCAUGGCGCGUUCAUGUGGCGAAAUGUCCUGGAGUUCCUAAAUUUACGGUUAGGACACUUCAUGGAGAGCAUACUUGUGAAGGAGUUCAAAGCCUCCACCAUCAACAGGCAUCUGUGGGAUGGGUUGCAAGGUCUGUGGAAGCUCGUGUUAGGGAUAAUCCUCAAUACAAGCCCAAGGAGAUUUUGCAAGAUAUUCGGGAUAAGCAUGGGGUUGCUGUGUCAUAUAUGCAAGCCUGGCGUGGAAAGGAGCGUAGCAUGGCUGCAUUACAUGGGACUUUUGAGGAAGGUUAUCGGCUUCUUCCAGCAUAUUGUGAACAGAUAAGAAGGACCAAUCCAGGGAGUAUUGCUUCAGUUGUUGCCACUGGACAAGAUAAUUGUUUCCAACGGCUCUUUGUUUCUUACCGUGCAGCAAUUUAUGGGUUUCUUAAUGCUUGUAGGCCGCUUUUAGAACUUGACAGAGUUCAUCUCAAAGGCAAAUACUUGGGUUCAAUAAUUUGUGCCGCUGCUGUGGAUGCUGAUGAUGCAUUGUUUCCAUUAGCAAUAGCUGUUGUUGAUUCAGAAAGUAAUGAAAAUUGGAUGUGGUUCAUGUCUGAACUCCGCAAACUUCUUGGAGUGAACACUGAUAGCAUGCCAAGACUUACAAUACUUUCUGAGAGAACGAUGGGGAUGGUAGAGGCAGUUGAGACACAUUUUCCAAAUGCUUUUCAUGGUUUUUGUCUGCGUUAUGUCAGUGAGAAUUUUCGUGAUACAUUCAAGAACUCUAAGCUGGUGAAUAUCUUCUGGAAUGCAGUUUAUGCACUUACAUCUGCUGAAUUCGAAAACAAAAUAGCUGAGAUGGUGGAUAUUUCACAAGAUGUUCUAGCAUGGUUUAACCAUUUUAACCCGCAGCUGUGGGCUGUGGCUUACUUUGAGGGAGUACGAUAUGGCCAUUUCACACUGGGAGUCACUGAGUUGUUGUAUAAUUGGGCACUGGAAUGUCAUGAGCUUCCCAUAGUACAAAUGAUGGAGCACAUUCGCCAUCAGAUGACAUCAUGGUUCAGUGAUCGUCGUAAUAUGGGCAUGAGGCUGACAUCAAUUCUUGUACCUUCUGCUGAAAAGAAGAUUGCAGAAGCAAUUGCAGAUGCUCGUUGCUACAAAGUUCUUCGUGCAAAUGAAGUUGAAUUUGAGAUUGUGUCAACUGAACGGACAAAUAUUGUGGACAUAAGAAGUCGUAUUUGUUCUUGUCGACGGUGGCAACUUUAUGGACUGCCAUGUGCACAUGCUGCUGCUGCGCUUAUCUCUUGUGGUCAGAAUGCUCAUUUAUUUGCGGAGCAUUGUUUUACUGUACACAGCUGCCGUGAAACUUAUUCACAGAUGAUAUAUCCUAUACCAGAUAGGAGCCUUUGGAAGGAGCCUGGUGAAGGAGCAGAGGGUGGAGGUGCCAAGGUGGAUAUUACUAUCCGUCCACCUAAGACUCGUAGGCCUCCUGGAAGGCCUAAAAAGAAGGUUCUCCGCAUAGAGAGUUUCAAACGUCCAAAGCGGGUUGUUCAAUGUGGUCGCUGCCAUAUGCUGGGACACUCUCAAAAAAAGUGCACAUUGCCAACAUGAUCCUUUAGUUCUCCAUUUUAUCUUUUCCUUUUUUUUUUUUCCUUUUUUGCCAUUCUUUUUUAUUAUGAAGUUUCCGUGUGAAGUGUUCUGUCCUUGUAAGAUUGACGUACUUCUUCAGCAAAUUAGUUACUAAGCAGGCACAUGGCUUCCAUGCUGUAGUUUCACUUGUUCCUUGCAUGUAUUGCAGCAGCAAGUGAUGUUCCCUUGUACUAGACUAAUUAACUUCUCCCUUAACUGUAUCAAAAAUAUUCCGUCUGCCCUUAUCCUGUAAAUGUUGUAAUGUAACUGACUGUAUAGGCUAGCAAAUUUCAUUCAAGUUUCUUUAGCAUGGAGAGUUGUUACAUA